AUGGCGUCCGACGAACAUUGCCUUUUCCUCCAAUACACAAACGCCCACCGGCAACCACCAACGAUAUGCUUUAGAUGAAUGACCAUGGGCUUUGCGGAUUUUGUUUUGUGGCUCCUGACGGUGCUCUGCGUUGGUGCGCAACAAACAUGGACAGCUUUUAUUAGAGUGCACUGUACGAAUGAGUGCUUGGGCCAGUACGGUCAACCAUCUGUGGUGGAAUGCGUGAUCAGGAUGGCCCCAGAGGCCAAAGACGAUAGCGUGCGCAUCGUCGUGUGGAAAAGAGGCGGCUCGACCCUGCUGAAGUUUCACAACAAUCAAUUUGAUCCCACAUCGCCGCCGGGCUAUUCAUUUGCCGAGCCGUCGUGGAAUAGCAAGUCCUUGAACGUGUCCCUGCUAAUCGCCAACACCUCUGUGAUCAACCACGGCAACUAUUCGUGCAUGGUGAUGACCGACAGCGGAUCAGACAACAAGUCAGCCAGCCUUCAUGUCACGGCCAAAUACAAGACACCUAGCAUCCACACCACCUCGACAAACGUCGGCCCAGCCUCGCUAGUCACCCUGACAUGUCGCUCGGAAGGCGGCUACCCCAAGGGCCGGUUGGGUUGGUUUGUCGGGACGACAGGGCAGGGGGAAAGUGCUGAAACUGUGGCCGAGGCGAUGGGAAACGGACUCUUCAGCCUGUCCAGCGAGCUGACUCUGUCGCUAGGGCGGGACGCCUCCAAGUACACCUGCAUGGUGUUCAACGCCAGUGGCGGCAAAGACAGCGAGGCCAGUGUGGUGCUACCUGACCAUGCGCAGGUUGCAGGGAUAGAACAAGAGCCGCCAGCGAAAGACUCGGAUGUGGCGCGUAGAGUCGUGGCACCGUUGGUGGUCAUCGGGUCGCUGAUUGUUGGACUGCUGCUGUUUUGGGUGCUCAGGGGGAAAUGUUCUAAAAGGGAACCGGAUCCUCCAGUUGAAACAGAUCCAGAGCAAGGUAAACCACAGGAUCUCCUUAUGGGGACUUCUGAAUGUCAGGAAAGCGACCCAUGAGGAAAUGCUCUAUACGAUGUCUUCACUGAUUUACCGGCAAAGAAAUCACGAAUCAGCAUUCCUCCCCUCAGCUUUGCUUUGCACUCAAUAAGUUACUGCAUGAAUUAUGAUUGUUCACUUGAGCUGCAAUUUAUCAAAUUGAUGUAAGCUAUGUUAAACUGAUCUUGAAUGGGUAAGAGAGCAAUGUGGGGUAUGAACCGCACAUUUUAAAAAGUAAGCUAUUUGAAUGAAUUCAAACGUUCCAUUGCACUCAUUGGUUGACUAAAUAUUAGUUCGCCACACUUAUCAAUAAAAGAAAUCAUUGGAUGCUCAGUAAGACAGAAAUCAAUAAGAAAAUAUUAAGAGUGACUACAGAGGUUGAAAACAUUUACAGAGACUGGAAAGUUCAGAUUACACAAACACGUACCAUGCAGUUUCUGUUGUUUCCUUGAUCAGUAUCAGGAAGUGUGUUUGCGUAGGUGUGUGUAGGAUUUGAAAUCUCUUUCACUUUACAUAUCAACCUGUCAUGGUAAAUAUAGCAAAAGAAUUAUAUUUGUAACACUGUAACACUAAUUCUUGUGUAAAUCAAUGCUCAGCAUUUUAGGACUAUAUGUAGCAAUACCUGGAAAACAGACAAAAUAAAUGA